AUGGCACUCGUUUCUUUGGUUUAUCUUCAGGCUAUCGCUCUUCCCUGCAUCGCCGCCCUUAUCGUCUACCGCGUCUACUGGGGAGCCACCACAGGCGCCGCGCGCCACGCCCUAGCAACUCAACAUGGCUGUCUUCCCGCAAAGCAAUACACCUCAAAAUACACGAUAUUCGGUAUUGAUCACUUCCUUUCCAAUAUGAAAGCCUACCGCGAGCACAAGUUGCUCGAAUCUUGGACCAGAAUCCUUACAUCCAACAACGCCCAUACCAUGACUGUGAAGAUGGUCGGCCAGACAAUUUAUUGGACGGAUGACCCAGACAAUGUCAAAGCAAUGCUAGCCGUCAACUUCGACCAGUGGAGCCUAGGCCAAGAACGCAUUCAGCAGAUGAGCGCGUACCUCGGGCACGGCAUCUUCACGAGCGAGGGCGCGGCGUGGAAGCGUUCGAGAGAUAUGCUGCGGCCAUGUUUUGAGCGCUCGCAGGUCGCAGACGUUUCAAUAAUGGAGAAACAUACGGGAAGACUUCUACAGAUUGUUCCCAGAGAUGGCACGACCGUGGAUUUGCAGCCGUUGCUCCAUGAGUUGACGCUGGAUGUUGCGACUGAGUUCUUGUUUGGAAGGAGUACGGAUGCGCUUGAUUACAGCAGGGAAGAUACUGCGUGCAAGGAGUUCAUCGAAGCUUUCGAAUAUUGUCAAAAUCCGAUGGGUGAGAGAAACGAGAAGUAUGGUAUAUUGGGGAUGUUCUUGCCGGAUCGAAAGUUCAAGAAAUGUGCGAAAGCUAUCAGAGACUUCACGGACAAAAUCAUAGAUAAGGAGAUUGCGAGUCAAUCUCCAGCCGAGAAAGAUGCUGGAAACCAACGCUACGUUUUCCUGGACGAACUUUCCUCCGCAACCCAGAACCGCACCGUAAUCCGCUCCGAACUUCUCAACAUCCUGCUCGCAGGCCGCGACACCACAGCAUCUCUAUUAUCGAAUCUCAUUUGGGAACUCUCUCGACAGCCAGAAAUGCUGACCCGGCUCCGCCAGGAGAUUGAGGACUCCGUUGGAAACGACAUCCCAACGUACCAGCAACUCAAAGACAUGAAGUACCUCAAAGCUCUCAUCAACGAAAGCCAAAGAAUGUACCCUAUCGUACCCAGUAACUCUCGGCAAGCUCUGCAUGACACAAUAUUGCCUCGGGGCGGCGGACCCGAUGGGCAAUCACCGACUCUCGUCCCCAAAGGAGCCUACGUCGUCUACCUUCCCUGGUCUAUGCACCGACGGCCAGACGUGUUUGGGGAAGACGCUCACAAAUUUGACCCCACGCGCUGGCUGGAUGAGGGACACGAUUCGAGUCCUCUUAGGCCCGGAUGGGCGUAUUUACCGUUCAGUGGAGGGCCAAGGAUAUGCAUUGGGCAGAAUUUCGCGCUCACUGAGUGCAUGUUCGUUGUUGUGAGGUUAUUGCAGACCUUUCAUGUAGAGGGAAGGGAUGAUGAGCCUUGGAGGGAAAAGCUAGGUAUUACGUGUGUUGGGCUUGGGGGGUGUAAGGUGGGGUUGAGACCUAGGAGCUGA